AUGGCGAAGAUGAGCGACGAGCUGGCUACGGCUCACCAGCGAUCUUUGGCAGCACAGGCGGUCCAACGCCAAAGCGUGGAGCAGGCUCGCGCCGUCGAGCUGGAACUCGAGGAGACGACCGCAGCAUUGAGACGGACUGAGGCGGCCUGUGCUGCAGCUCAGGCAGAUGUGGCCCUUGCACAGCAGCGGUAUGCCGCGCAAGAGGGACAGUUGGAAGCUUUGUCUGCCGAGUUCGAAGCCAGCGAAGCCCGCAGCUUUGAGCUCGAAGGUGCCCUGACGCAGCAGCUGCGACAUCUCGAUCCCAGCAUAGGUCACAGCCUGCGCGGCGUGAGCAUCCACCACCUCUCAGCUCAGUUCUUGGAGUUGGUCUUGCAAGCAGGCAUCGGUAUGGAGGCGAGCCUAGAGGAGGCCGCCUGCUGCGUGGCCAAGGAGAGGACGGAGAUGGUGACUUGCCCACGAGAUGGCUUGCAGGGGUCUGCGUACGUGGAUUCCAUCUACGGCCCGGAGAACGCUGGCCCGGCGACCCACAUGCUCAGCUGUUCGCCCCGGGACGCGGUUGGCGAGGUGGUGGGCGCGCUGGAGGAAUUCUGCCACGACCGUGGACUCAACCCUCGGCAGACCUAUGUCUGGACAUGCAGCCUCUGCGUGAACCUGCACCGCUGCCCUCCACAGCUCCCGGAGCGAGUCGCCGACUUCAAGAGGUAUGGGAGCCAGAUCGGAAAAGUUCUGGUGAUCCUGAUGCCUUGGCACUAUCCUGGCAGCCUCGGCAGCCUUCCCAGCCUCUGUGAGCUCUGGCAGGCAUUGCGGCUUGCUGACAGCAGCACGACAUCACCGAAGGGUCUCUCACCCUCGCGCGGGCGCAGAAACCUGGCUUGGGCAGAUCCCGGAGGCUGCAACGGCUGCGAGGUGACUCUGCUACUGCCGCCCAGGGCCGCACAGAUGCUGCGCGAGGAUCUGGCCUAUGGGGAAGACGCUGCCAUCCGGGCAUGGCGGGGUUUGCAGGGCAGUUGGCUCCAGGAUGCCAUCACCGUCCAUGAAGAGCAAGCGCCGCUUCUCGAAGUGCUCGGCUGUGGUCUCAAUCUUUUCAAGGCGGACUGCUUCAUGACCCGUGCCUUGCAGCAGUGGCUCGCAGUAACCCUGGAGAAGCAGCUACGGCUCAUGCUCACGAACUCGGCCCUGAAGGCAGACGAAGCCGAUCGUCUUUUCGAUGCGGUGGGAUGGAUGCUGUGGGAGACUGGCCUUCGCGAGCUAGCCGGAGAACUUCUCCAAGAUGGGCUACAGCUGGCUCUGCAGUCCAUCUUUCCUGCCAGCUCGAACCGCGCUGCGGCUGCCAGCCGCCUGGAGGUCAACAAAGCCAUGACGAACCUCGAGGUGUUCCAGUUGGCCGGCUCGCUCUUCGAACGCGCGGGCCAGCAGGACACGCCGAGUAUCGCCACGCUGCUGACCCACAUGGGCGUUGCCAAGGGUGAUGCCGGGGAUCACCAAGGGGCCAUGGAGGCCUUUUGGCAUGCUCGGCGUAUUCGCAAGGUGACGGGCACGCUGGAAACAGUGGCAGGCCGGAUGAUGCUCGCAGGAUGA